GAAAACAGAAAAGUAGGUUAAUUAGUAAUAAUUAUCGGCAGCUCGGAAUAUUGUAGGAUGAAAACAAGGAUAAGACAAUAAUGUGGGGAGAUACAAGUGGAAAUUAUUAAUUUAUUCGCAUUUCUUAUCUUAUUAUUUAUAUUUAUUUGUGCAAGCUUAUGCCCUGCCCAGGUUCGUUUGGAUAACAAGUCAUUUGCUCAAUCGUUCAUUUUGACAGUGGUCUCGAUGUGUAACUAUCAUGGACUGUUUGCCAAACUCUCAAUUUGCGAAAUGGACCUUUAACGUAUAAUUAACUGGGGUCAACCGGCCCUGAAUGGUUUAAACAAUUAUCGGGGGAUCCUUUCGAUGAGGAAGAUUCUAGAGGACAGAUAAAGCACAAUAAAACAACUCGCAGUCUUUUUUGUUGGGCAACUUCCUCAGAUUUUGUUAUUUAAAUAUUUUAUCUGGGAUAUCCGAUUUUAAUGGAAGAUUAUGUCUUCCAUUUGAGAUUUCGUCGAUCAAAGUACGAUUUUCGGGAUUAUGUGAAGGACAUCAUUAAAGUUAUCAAAUCUAGAAAUAGUUGACUGGCUCAAAGGAAAUUCUAAGCAAUCCCACGUGCGGAAGGAAAUUGUCUCUUUGAGUCGGCUGAGACUGAAAGAUAUAAUUCUAAACAGUUUGUAACUUAUUUGGAGAAUGAAAUUAAAAUUGUUGUGCCACAUUAUGUCCAAUAUUUCACUCCAUUGAUUGAAAGCAUGAUUAAGAGAAAAAAGUUGAAAAACUGAAAACAUCUGACACAGGAGAAAUUUAAAUCAAGAAAAAAAAAACUAUUUUUCAGAAUUCAAAGGUAGAACCGUAAGAUGCGUUGAAGCAUAAAUAGAUAUUUAUCAUUUGCCCUUUGAUAUUACCAUUAAUUCUCCCGCGGGUGAAUUAUUGCGAUAAGAAAUGAUAAAAGAAUCAUUUUCGGCGCGAAGUCACCAAUUUCUGCGCACAAAUUUAGUGUAAUUUCAGCAGUAGUAGUGACUGUAGUUUGAUAAUGAUUCAGUGAAUCUGUGACUGCGAAUAAUAAAAACGGAGAAAGAUGGUGUUUUUGUUGAAUAAUGGGAUGCUGGAAGCCGUUAUCCUAAUACUCCUUAUAAUGUAUUUACUAUAUCGCUACAUGAUAAGAAAUUUCGAUUACUGGAAGAACCGAGGUGUCAUUUUUACUCCUGCAUCUUCUAUUUUCGGAAACUUGGGUGCAUUUUUCCUGGGGAGACAAUCAGUCGGAAGUUUUACCAAAGAAGUUUAUGAUUAUGCACCCGAUGAACCUUACGUCGGAUUCUUCGGCUUCGAUAAGCCAAUGCUGCUAAUUCGUGAUCCGGAGCUGAUUAAGCAAAUUUUCAUAAAAGAUUACGAUUAUUUCAAAGAUCGAUAUGGCAGCGCUGGGGCUCAUGAUCCUUUGGGAACCGCCAAUUUGUUUAUAUUAAAAAAUCCGGCCUGGAAAUUACUCAGAACAAAAAUAUCGCCGAUUUACACAUCCAGAAGGCUGAAGAGCAUGACAAAGCUCUUGAUAGAAGUGGGUCAAGGGCUCACUACUCACAUGGAGUCCCUUGAUUUAAAAGCAUCUGGACGAGUAAUUGAACUAACAGAAAUUUGUUCACGAUACACAACUGAUAUGAUCGCAACAACAGCAUUUGGAUUGAACGCUAACUCACUGAAUAAUCCCACUGCUGAGUUCUGGGAAAUAGGAAAACAAAUGUUCAGAGAUACUUUCUAUCGUAGCAUCGAAUUGAACUGUAUAUUUUUUGCCCCAUUCUUAGUAUCGCUGAUGAGAUUCAAAAUAUUUCCACAAAGUCUCACUCAAUUUAUGCGAAAUAUCAUAUGGGAUACUAUCAGUGAACGUGAGAAAUCGGGAUUCAAAAGACACGAUCUCAUUGAUCUGCUGGUUGAAUUGAAGAAUGAAGAGGCUACUGAGGCAGAUAAAAAAAUUUUCGAAUUCCAGGGUGAUAAUAUUGUCGCUCAGGCAGCGAUAUUUUUUGUAGGAGGCUUGGAAACAUCGUCGAGUGCCAUAAGUUUUUCCCUCUAUGAAUUAGCUGUACAGCCAGAGAUACAGAAUCGUCUCAGAAGGGAAAUUACUGAUGCUGUGAAUAAAAACGAGGAGAUCAUCACUUACGAGCUGAUUAUGGAGCUUCCCUACUUGGACAUGGUUGUAUCAGAGACUCUUCGCAAAUACCCACUCUUACCGAUAAUAGAUCGAAUUGCCCAUAAAGAUUAUAAAGUACCUGGAACCGAUCUUGUCAUUGCGAAAGGAACACCAGUUUAUAUUUCGUUAACAGGACUGCAUUAUGAUGCUAAAUAUCACGAAGAUCCGAACAAAUUUAAUCCUGAACGAUUUUCCGACGCUAAUAAGCAUUCGACCAAGAAGGCGUGGUAUGGAUUCGGAGAUGGGCCACACGUUUGCAUUGGUCAGAGACUGGGAUUACUUCAGACAAAAUUGGGACUCAUCGAGAUGAUAAGAAAUUACGAGUUCACUCCCUGCAACCGGACCCCAAUUCCUAUGAUAUUAACCAAGAAAGGUCUGACAACGCAUGCUGAAGGAGGCUUGUACCUUCAUGUGAGAAAACUCAGCACAUAGAAUUAUUUAUGGUGAAGAAAAUUGAUGUACUGUUAAUUAAAUAUACAAUGUGCUUUGAACACAUCAAGAAAACUUUGUUAAUUAUAAUGACACCAAAAAACUACGCGAAGAUUUUAGAACUUUAAAAGUGUCUGGAACGUUACAGAAAUUCUAAAAAUCACUGAAAUUGAAAGAAAAAUAGAACAAUGUCUACAAAUAAUGUCAACAGUCUAAAUAAUUCACAUCGAUUUUUAGUGAAUUUAAUGAGUUUUGUAGAAAUCUCCAAUUUAAAUGAAGUGGGUGAGAGUUUUUUAAAAGUGUAAUAGAUUGGAAUCUAAUAGCAACUUUGCCACAUGGUAGGAAAAACAUUUUUGUUCUGGGUUUUCCCUUUUUAUGUUGUAAUAUAUACCCCAAUUAUAAUUGUACUGGAACAAUGGGCAUAAAAAUAGUAGACAAUGUGAAUUG